CUGACCUGUUUCAGAAAAGGAAAGAGCAAUGUCUUGUGUGGAGGGUCUACGGGCUCGAGCAGACGACGGUAGUCCAAAGCUGCCAAUAUUACAUGACACACAGCAAGGGCUUCAGCCUGAUAGUAAACCUGGAUCAAGACCAUCUAGCACAGCAAGUUCACAUAGUCGUGCAAGCACAUGCAGUAGGGAUAGCUCAAUAUUUGAGGAGGAAGACGUGGAUUCGAGAUAUAGAACGAUGCAAAUACCACUUCCUGCUAUACCACUUCCCACAAUUCCAAGUGGUGAGUGGGAAGAGGAUAUGAGGGCCAAGAGCCCUAGUAGGGAUCCACCUGCCAUUCCAUCACGACCAGGCAUUCCAGCGGAUUUGCCAGACCGGUUUCCUCCACCUCCUCCAAGACCAAACAGGCCUACUCCAGCCCCUCGAUCUAAGCUCAAACCAACGGAUUAGAAUGCAAUUUAUGCAAAGUUGACAUUGGAAAAUGAUGGUACUGGUUUUCGAUAGUUGUUUAAAACAAUUAAUAAUACUUGGACAGGUGGAGCAAUAGAAGUUACAGUAGACCAACUGCAGAGUUCAAAUGUUGGAACAGUUUUUGCAUUGCUGUUCAAAAUGAUGAGUAAAUUAAAUUCAGAAAAGCGGUUGAUGUUCGGUGACAUUCUGGCCAGUGUUGAAGACAUUCAGCAAAAAAUUUACCAAAAAUUACUGGACACCGUGCACGCUGCCAACGGGAAGCAAUGUAAUCGGUACGUGGUUUCCUGUUUCAUCAAAGAUGCGUCGUUACCGUAUGAAGCAAGCUAAUGGAGUCUUUAGGGAAUGGACUGAAUGAAGCUAAUAUAGAUUGGUGUUGAAAGAUUGUUGAAUUACAGCCUCAGUAAAAGUGCUGAUUCUGAUGAUAGAUACAUGACUGUACUAUGAUAUGAUGGAGUUAGUGUUAUGGUGGUGUUGUGAUGGCAUAUUGUGUUGUGAUGGUGGUGUGAUAGUGUCUAGUGUUAUGAUGGUGUUAUGAUAGUGUCUGGUGGUAUGAUUAUUGUUUGAAAACAUCUACUGUUAUGAUGAUGUUAUUAUAAUGUGUAAUGUUUUUAUGGUGUUAUAACAUAAAUGUUAUGAUGGUGUAAUAGUGUCCAGUGUUUUGAUAAUAAUAGGGUCUAGUGUUAUUAUGGUGGUAUGAUAGUGUUGAGUGUAUGAUGGUUGUAUAAUAGCAUCUACUGUUGUGAUUGUGUUAUUUUAGUGUGUAGUGUUUUGAUGGUGUUUAUGAUAACACAAAGUGUUAUGGUGUUGGUAUGGUAGUGUCCAGUGUUAUGAUGGUGGUAUGAUGACUAGUGGUAUGAUGGUGUUUUGUUAAGUCAGGCACACACUGUAUUAAGUGACAGUCGUAUGACCUUCAUCCAACAAAUCCACCUUUGCUCUAAUUCGGUCUAACAUCAUCUGCUGUGUUUUUGGGGGCAGUCUGAGUGGAUUGUCAAACGAUUUUUUGUGCAAACCUUGUUGCAAUGCAUCCUCCGUGUCACCAGAGUGUGUGCCCAGCUUUUGUGUUAUGAUUGUGUUAUAAUGGUACAAUAGUGUUUUGUUUGUUUGUUAGUGCGAAUCUAUCAUACUGAUGGUAAUUUGCGAGUGUUACAAGUGUUGCAUUGAAGUUUUAUGAUAGUGUUACGAUGGUUUUCUUGUAGAUUAUACAGUGUUGAUGAUGUUCAGUGAUGCAACAUCUUUGUAGAGUGAAAUAGAAAAAUUAUCAUGUUGGUAAUAAUAAUAAUAUAUCUUUGUUGAUAUAUCAUGAUAUAUAUUCAUUUGACCCUAAUUUAUGAUUAAAUCGUUUUCAGCAUUUUUAUUUUAGAUUACCAAACAUUAAUAUAACCAUCAAAUAGUAUGAUGUUUUUAUUAAUAAGGUUAUAUUUUAUAUAAUAUAAACAAUGUAUUGAAAGUUGUUACAUGCCAUAUGUAUAAUAAGUAACACCUCGAAAUACUAAUACUAACCUAAGUAAGGCCUGUCACAGCUUGCUUAGGAGCUGAUAAAAUCAGAUUAUAUUCAAAUUUCCAAAAUUAUUUUCAAUGUAAAAAGCAAAAUGGAAAUUAUUUGUUAGUAAUAUUUAUCACAUUUAUAAUAUUUACUUUUAAAUUGAAUAUUUUAGUUGUUUUUGAGAACUAAGUACUCGAAAACAGCAUGCUUUACCAGAAUAUUUUUGAUAUGCCGCUUAUAUUGUAUUUUGUGGCAGAAUGGACCUUUCCAGAUCAACUAAACAAACUGACCAAUCAGAACAGUGCUAGGAAUACGCGCGUGUCCAACGAGCACACGACGUGUUGCCCCACAAAACGCACGUGUCCGAGAAUGUUUUAACACUAUCGUUUUACGGGACCUUAGCAACAAUAUCCAAGGGGCGGAGCUUAGCGGAAUGGUUCAUUGUUUUCAAAUUAUGUAUAGAAGUCUAUUUGAAAUUUGUAGCCUGGUCGUUACGAUGCUUCAUUUUCAAUCCCAGGGUUCUUCGUAAGUCUCUUAAAGAGACUUAGUUUAUAAAGCAUUUAUUCACACUGUAAUUUGUGAAUGAGCUUGAUGUUAGAUGUGAAAAGGUAUUAUAAAAUAGGAGAUUAAAGGAGAUCGUACUCGUGGGACAGUCGGACUUCUUAAUUGUUGCUAUUACUGUUGGAAAUGCAAUCAUUCUGAGUACUAUUUCCUAUGAUUGGCUGUGAGCCAAUGAGUAGACACGACCUGGCGGUUAACGCGCGAUUAUGACGUCAAUGUAUUGGACUCUCUGAAUGACGUAGAAUACGGUAAUACUUUUCAUGAAAGUAUUAUUCUCGCGACCGCAAAUGUCAUUUAGUUACCAUGUAUUCCGUUUUUCGUCAUUUUAGGAUAUAUUUUAACUCUGGUUUCAAAGUUUGCAUUUACCUGUGCGAUUGCACAUUAAACAAUUUUUUCCACAGGUUGCUUGUGUCUUCUUUCUUUUAUCAUCACGUUAAACAUGAACAUGUACUUUUUCCUAGCAAUUUCUUAAAUAUUUUGAUUUUUGGAAGGUUUUUAAUUAAUAUUGUCUUUUCCUAGUGAAAAUAUUUUAAUCUGGCGUUGUAUAUAUUCGUUAUAUACAUAAAAAAUUACAAAUAUUGUAAACAAUUAAUGACUUCGUCAGCGAUUCAGCGUGUCAAAUGGAUGUCGACAAGCAUUACACCAAAAGCGCGGAUUACGUGAUGAUGUUCGUUUACCAAUGAAAAAAAUAAUACUUAAUAUAAUUAAUAAUUUGUUUAUAAUAUCUUGUGGUGUUCUGUCAUGAUUGAUUAUUAAACAUUGUGUUAUUUUCAACGGUUACUAAUCUGAAAUAACUGACCAUAGGAUUAACUGAAAUAUUUAUAAAUAGAUAUCUAACAUAGUUUCUUCUUAUCCUGUUGAAAAUAGUAAGUAAAUUACAACCAAAAAAAAUGUUUUUACAAGCAAUUGAUACGUUAUAUUGAUCAGAAUUAUUGUAUGUUGAGGAUGUACAUUCAGAUUAUGCAUGUUACUAAUUUUUAAGAAAUAUUAAAAUGUCAUUUUAUGCUUUUACGAACAUCCAAGAGGUUUAUUGUACCGUGAAAGCAAAAUCUGGCGUAUCUCGGAUCCAGUACAAGUCGUGAACCCAUUGGAAGUUCACAUUAUACAGCAGUGGAUCCAUGACAGUUCACAUUAUUGUACAGUGGUGGUGUGGUGGAUCCAGGAUUGCAUUGGCGAAAUGAGUGCUGACACCCCAGAAGCAGCAAAAGCAAAUUUAAAUUAUAAUCGCGUCAAUGUUUAAAGGAACGCUUGCUUCCACCCCGCCUUCCUUCCAGUCUCUCCCCGGCAGAAGCAUCCUGGAUCCGCCCCUGCAUUAGUAACAUUUUACGUAUUGUAUCGAGAUCGUUGUAAAUCUGUUUUCCCCAAUUCAACUAAACUAUUUUAGUUGGGAAACUGGUUAUGAUAAAUUCGCCCGUCUAAUUUACGGCAUCAGUAUAGUGUGUGAAAGACGUAUAUGAAUGUGAUGAUAUACCGUUAAGUUAUUUUGCGCUAAGUUGUAAACUUCUGAAUGCAAAUGUUUAAUCUUCAGUAGAUCCUAAACACUGGAAUUAUAAUCCGGCUUAACCAAUAAACGGCAUUUAUUGCUUUGAUCGAUACUAUA